AUGAAUCUGCCGUCUCUCUCCAAUAGAUUUGCUUGUAAUCCAACGACGUUCGCAGACCUACGGGAGCCCCUCCCACCACCACCAACUCCAUCGUCAAGACUGUGCGGAUCUUUAAUUGGAAGCGUAUCGGUCGAGAAGAAAACUCCGGACAACGAUGGCCCACCAACUUACGAAAUCGUCUACGGAUGGUCUCUCUCAUUCGAGAAUCUUAUGAAACAUCGAUCUGGACAGAAGUACUUCGCGGAGUUCUUGAAGGGGGAGUACUCCGAUGAGAACAUACUCUUCUGGCAAGCGUGCGAGGAACUCAAACGGGAGAAGAAUGCCGAGAAAAUUGAAGAAAAGGCUCGCAUCAUUUACGAGGACUUCAUCUCAAUCCUCUCACCAAAGGAAGUCUCAUUGGACUCCCGUGUCCGCGAGAUCGUCAACACCAACAUGGGUCGCCCAUCCGCUUCAACCUUCGACGAUGCUCAGAACCAAAUCUACACUCUCAUGCAGAGAGACAGCUACCCACGAUUCUUGGCCUCACCAAUUUACAAGAACGCCAUGGCAACCUUCGGAAUCAAGGAAGAGGCUGUUUAA